GCAGUACGACGCGCGCCGCCAUCACGCACUGUGGACUUACGACAAAUAUAACCUUAAAGCAGAUUAAUAUAGUAGAGAUUAUUAUAUAGUGUUUGCUAAAAGAGCACAGCAUAGAAGAUAGAAUUCAGAGCCGCGGAGUUGAAGAGGAAAUAGAGCUUAGUGCAGUGGCCAGUGCUCACGUGGAACUCAAACAAAGAGGAGUGUGAAGCUCGGAGGAUGCCGCAGGAGGUGAUAACGGACAAGUCCCUGCAGCGAGAGCUGGCCGACUCCAUCAUCCGCAUGGUGCCGCUCGACGACAUCCGCAUCCUGCUCGCCUGCGGGGCCAAGGUGAACGAGCCGGUGACGCAGGGGCUGCGGCCGCUGCACUACGCGGUGUGGCAGCGGCACGCGGACGCCACGCGGCUGCUGCUGGUGCGCGGCUGCGACCCCAGCGCGACCGACGACUGCGGCUACAGCGCGCUGCACCUGGCGGCCGAGCGCGGCUUCACGGAGCUGGUGCGCCUGCUGCUGGCCAGCGGCGCCGCCGUCUCCUACCGCCCCGACACCGCCGACGACUUCCCCCGCACCACGCACACCGACGAGCCGCUCAGACUCGCCAUACGGAACAAGCACUAUGACGUGGCUCGGCUGCUGCUGGAGCACGGCGCGGACCCCAACAAGCGAUAUUUCUUCGGGUCGGAGAUCAACCUGGUGUCGGAGCCGGAGUACCUGGAGCUGCUGCUGAUGUUCGGCGCGCACCCCGACGCGCGCGAUCGCGCCGGCCUCACGCCGCUCAUGAAGGCCGCAAGACAGAGACAGGGCAUGGAGUCGGUGCUGCUGCUGAUCAGCUACGGCGCCGACGUCAACGCGAUCACGGACGCCCGCAACGACUACAGAACCGUCAUGCACUACGCCGUGCUCAGCGGCAACCCGGACAUGGUGAACCUGCUGAUCAAGCAGGGCGCGCGCGUCAACUACCCGGGCCCCGGCGUCAACCGGCCCAGCCCACUCGACCUCGCCAUACUCAAGGGCGACGUCGAAAUGCUCAAGCUGCUGCUGUCCGCCGGCGCAGACGUUAACGCAUUUAGCUCGGUGAUCGGCACGCCGCUGCACGUCGCCUGCUCCGACAGCAUCACCAACAGACGGGAGAUCGUCAGGGUGCUGCUGGAGAGCGGCGCGGAGCCGAACCUUAAGGUGUACAGCGCGGAGGACGGCGCGCAGCUGCGCCCGCCCCUCGCCGAGUACCUCGCCUCCGACCCCGCGCCCCGCCACCACCUCGUCCGCGCCCUGCUGCGGCACGGCGCCAGGGUGAUAAUGAAGACGCAGUUCCGCGACCCGGAUGGGAUCCUGAACCACCUGCAGCACGUGACGUCGCCGGAGACGCAGCACGUGUUCGCGCUGCUGCUGGACGCCGCGGAGGCCUUCGACCUGUGCAUGAUCAAGCGCACGAGCUGCCUCACGCCGGCGCAGCGCCAGGAGCUGGUGCGGCGCGCGCGCGAGCCGCUGUCGCUGCUGGCGCAGGCGCGCGUGCAGCUGCGCCGGCUGCUCGGCACCUCCCUCGUCAGGGUCGCCCCCGACCUCGACAUACCCCCCACCCUCCGAAGCUACCUGCUCUUCGAGUAUAGUUAAACCGCCUUAACGGUAAAUAGAAGUAUAUUUUUGACUGGUUGCCUUGUGAUGCCACACGUAGGGGCAUAAAAGUAUAUUUGCUAUAAUUUUAUAAUA